AUGAACAAACUGUUCACGAUCGUUUUGGCCAUAUUUGUUUUACUCCAAAGGAGUUGCAUUAAGGCGGAGAACCAUGAAAUCACUCACAAGACAUAUUUCGACAUAAGCAUAAAUAACAAGCCAAUCGGGAGAAUAACAUUCGGGCUGUACGGAAAAGUAGCUCCCAAAACCGUGGAAAAUUUCGUCAGCAUAUGCAAAGGAACAGUAGUGAAUGGUAAAAUGUUAAACUACACGAAUUCAAUUUUUCAUCGCAUAAUUCCAAAUUUUAUGGCACAAGGUGGUGACAUAACACACUUCAACGGAAUGGGUGGUAUGAGCAUUUAUGGAGAGAAAUUCCAGGACGAGAAUUUCAUAUUAAAGCAUACGAAGCGGGGAAUGCUUUCCAUGGCGAAUGCAGGGAAAAAUACCAAUGGAAGUCAGUUUUUUAUUUUAUUUACUCCCACCCCUUGGCUAGACGGAAGACACGUUGUCUUUGGGGAAGUAAUUGAUGGAUUAGACAAAUUGGUCCAGAUUGAAGCGGUGGGCACAGAUUCGGGGGCUCCCGUAAAACGUGUCCUAGUAACAAAAUCUGGUGUGUUGUGA